AGCUUCAGGUCGUGACCAUGUCAGACACGUCCACCAAGCUAAAGACCCCUCGGCUACCACUACCGGGUACCGACUGGAUGGUCAGUACUGGUCAUCUCGUGGUCAUCACUUAUCCGUAUCUAUUUCACCUUGCAGUAACGCUGGUCCUGUAAAUAUCAAAUGCGAAAGGAUCACCUGAAGAUUGAUAACGUUGAAGACCAGGGUUCUGAUCAAAUCCGAUCUAAACAAAAAUGAGAUUUCGAUUUAGUCGGUAUCUUAAAAGACACACAUUGUUACUGUUGACGUGUACAACCAUAGUACUGUUUUUCCUGAUUGAGUUUCCCCCAAGGUUCCAGAGUGAUAGCAGUGAUGAUGUCUUAGCUAAUUCGGGACUGAACUCUGAUGAAAUCUCAAAAGUCAAACAUUCUGUUUCUUUUAAAACAGAUAUUAAUCUCUACGAAGAUCCUAACUUUGUGCCCGAUUUUACCCAGGACUUAGAUCUCGUUAAAUUGUCUGCAUGGGGGUAUAAGCCUAAAGAGUCGUGGCACCAACACUACCAGGACCUGUUUAGGAAGUACAACAUGAACUGGACCAGCAACAGCUACCCAGAUAUAAAAUGUGAUGAAAAUUUCAAAAAAUCUCUCAAUGAAAAUAUGGACGUCAUUUCAAACUAUCCACUGAAUGUGCCCGAGAAAUACAUGAAGGAAUUAUCCCUAGACGAAGCCGGUAUUGAAGAACUCUCAAAACCAGUGUUGAACCCAAGCAAAUAUCCCGUAUUUGUGACUGCCGCGUCGUCAAAUCAUUACAGAGAAUCUCAAGGAAUGAUAAAAACUUAUCACCGGCUCCUUAAUAUCCAUCCUGAACUAAAACUGAUAUACUUUGAUAUCGGCCUUACAAAGGCACAACAAACGGAAUUGAAAAGAUACUGUAAAUGUGAAGUAAGGAUGUACGAGUCAGAAAAGUAUCCUCCUCAUGCUGCAGAAAAAAGGAGUUUCGCUUGGAAACCAAUUAUAAUACAAACAGUUCUGAAGGAACACGAUUUGGUGAUGUGGAUGGAUGCUUCUGUAGUUUAUGAGGGAACCUCACUGGAUGAGGUGAGUCUUCGUACAAGACAAAGGGGAAUUCAGGCAAUGCAUGGCGCUGGAGCAGUAUGUGAAAGAACGGCGAAGAAAAGCUUCGACUUCCUCAAAGAAAACCCUUGUCUGUUUAAUCUACCAGAAGUUGAAGCUACAUGGAUUGUUAUAAGCAGGAAUAGAUUUACAUUGGAGUACAUCAUGAAACCCUGGGUUUCCUGUGGUCUCUCGUACAACUGUAUGACUUUUAAGAGUAGCAAUUUCUAUCUGGGAUGUCUCGGGAGUACAAAAUUCCACAGAUGCCAUAGAUUUGAUCAAUCAAUAUUAGGUAUUAUAAUUAACAGACUUUUCCAUAAACAGCGGAGAGUAGUGGAAUUUGAUGUGGCACCAAUACUUCAUAUUCAACGAAAUGUGCAUUCAAAUUAUUUUGAAACACUUAAAAAUCAGAAGUAAUCGCAAUCUUCCAAUUGUACCAACACAUAUGAACAUUUACCAUGUAAUGCUGUUGAAUUGCGAAAUAUAUGUGUUGUUUAAUGUUGCAGUGUCUCAUCAUGCAGUUGUAUUUAUAAUAUAUUAAAUUAUUUACAAGAAAUUAAAUUAAUUUUGAAUACAACUUUUAUAUAGUCAUUUGUAUUUAGCUAUUUGAUUAAACAAUUAAACACUUGUUUGAUUGUAUUUAUUGUCAAUAUAAAUGCAAUCUAGGUGACAUAUCAAUAGAAUGGCACCUGUUAGGGCAUAAUAAACAGUAUUAAGUUAUGACUGACUUUCAUAGCAUUAUUCGCCGACAGCGAAGGGCAAAUAUAAAAUACAUGUGUACAUAUUAUAUUUAGCGUAAUACAUAUAUAUGUAUUCAUUGAAAUAUAACAAUUAUUCAAUACAUGAGAUUAUCCGUACAUCCUUCGGGACAUUUCUGAUAAGUUUUUGGUCAUAUUAUAUGUAAGUAUAUUUUUUUGCAAAACUACAUCGAAUAUUUUCAAAUGUUCCUCUUGAAGUACAAUGAAGUAUUGAGAUUCCCAUUUAUAAUUUUAUUAUCAACCAAGAUAAUAGUUUAUGAAGACAUAUAUUUAUGCUGUUACAUUUAUAUAACGAAUAAAGAAUAUUGACAAAUAAGACAAAACACCUUUUAACAAAAAGUUAUUUACCUCAACAAUCGAACAAUGUAUGAUCAAGCAUUGAAGGUUUAAAGUGUGUUUUAGAUUGA